AUGGACGACUUAAUCGGGAUUCUUUCCUCAGAGAUCAGGGUUCGUAACUUCUCUCAGCUAUCUAACCAAUCAUACAAGUACCUGCCUCUGACCUAUUUAGUUAACGAAAUUCACGAUGAUAUUUGCGCUGGUUAUUCAACAGAAAAUGUCUACAACUUAUGCAGUACUUCUGAACAAUGGACCCUCCAUGGAAGAGCAGAGCUAGCUCUCAUAGUUCGCGUUGGUCGGAUUCCAAGUGCAUAUACUUACCGCCCUGAUCGUCGUGGAGCCAUGGCGCUAUUCGAACAGUCCAUAUGGCAAAUUUAA